CUCAUUUGUUGUUUUAUAAACUUAAAAAAAUUGCAAAUAAACGAAUAAAUCGUUUAUCUUUUAUUAAUUAAAGUAUAUAAUGGGUUUUUCGCUUAAAAUCAAAACAAAAAAUGGUGGACAGCAUAUUAUCAGCGAUCUGAAUGAAUUAUCAAAAAUAAAAGAGAUUAAGGAUAAAAUUCAUGAAAUCACUCAAAUUCCUCAUGAUACGAUUGAAAUAAGAUUUGGGUUCCCUCCUAAGGUUUUGGUUGCAUCCGAUGACUCAACUUUACAGACUUCUGGUAUAAAAUCUGGAGAAACUAUAAUCGUUGAUGUAAAACCUCUGACGCAGGAUGAGAAAGAUGCAAUCGAAAAAGCCAAAAGACUUGCUGAGGAUGAAAUUUUAGCAAGACAACUGGCUGAAGCAGGAGAAGCAAGUGGAAGCUCUAUUACAAACGGAAUUCUUUUAAAACAAGUUGUUGCUGCUGAUAAUUCCUGUCUGUUUACAAGUAUAGGAUUUUUAGUGUCUGGUAAAGUUGAUACAACAGUUGGAACGUACUUGAGACAAAUUAUUGCUCAAGCUGUACAUAAUGAGAAAGAGACCUACAGUGAUGCAAUUUUGGGGAGAAAUAAUGCAGACUAUGUUGCUUGGAUUAUGCAAGAAUCAUCUUGGGGCGGUGCUAUCGAAGUCUCAAUUCUUUCAGCUCAUUAUGGGAUCGAAUUCGAUGUUGUGGACAUUUCGAAUGCAAUGAUCAAUCGAUUUGGUGAAGACAAGAAAUAUCCGAUGAGAGGGUUCUUAUUGUACGAUGGAAUUCAUUAUGAUCCCUUAUACCUUGAAUCACUCUCUGGAGAGCCCCAAAAGACACUUUUUUCUGUUGAUGACGAACCUUACGUUUAUGAAUUAGCAAAGAAUUUAGCCAAGGAAGCUCAAAGCAGUAGACAAUACACAGAUGUCGACAAAUUUACUCUACGAUGCAUUCAAUGCGAUCGUAAGUUGAAGGGACAGCAACAAGCAACAGAGCAUGCUAAAGAAACUGGUCACACAGACUUUGGAGAAUUCUGAAAUAACUCAUCAGCCUGGCAUAUAAUAUUCAUAUUAUUAUUUUUCAAAUUGUCAGUUUCCAAAGGAAUUUAAUAGAACAAAUGUAUUGCGAA